ACCAGAAAGCAACGAAGAAGAAGCUGUAUCAAGUUUGUCCUGUUCCAGUUUCCGUCGUGCUGUCACAGAUUUCUGUCGAUCACGUUUGAGUGGUGCCGUAUAUCUAAAAACACAAAAAGUGGAAACCACACAUAAAAUUGUGAGAGGCUUACACUCCAGGCACCGCGUUCCCCAGCGUCUUUUUAAGGUGUAGUCAAAGACAUGGCAGAAAAGAUCCCUUCUAUUGCCCUUGAGGCUGUACUUAAAACCAGUAGCGACCUACCCGAGGACUUACCAAAGAUCAGAGGCUACGACUUUAACCAGGGCGUGGAUCUCCAGGAAUUGCUCAAGUCCUACCUAACCACAGGCUUCCAAGCCAGUAGCCUAGCAUUGGCCAUACAGGAAGUCAACCACAUGAUCGAAAAACGUCUUGAAACAGUUGAAGCGGAAAACGACUCUGGUGACAUGCCAUCCCGCCCAGGUUGCACCAUCUUCCUAGGAUAUACUUCAAACCUCAUCAGCUCUGGAGUCAGGGAGAGCAUCCGAUAUCUGGUAGAACACAAAAUGGUGGAUGUGGUUGUAACCACAGCAGGUGGCAUAGAGGAGGACUUUAUCAAGUGCCUGGCUAACACCUACCUUGGGGACUUCAGUCUACCUGGCAAGGAGCUUCGAUUAAGAGGAAUUAACAGAAUUGGGAACCUACUUGUUCCAAAUGAUAACUACUGUAAGUUUGAAGACUGGCUCAUACCCAUCUUGGAUCAGAUGCUGCUGGAGCAAAACACAGAGGGUAUCAACUGGACACCUUCGAAAAUGAUCCAUCGACUUGGCAAAGAGAUCAAUAAUACUGACUCCGUCUACUAUUGGGCAUACAAGAAUAACAUUCCGGUAUUCAGUCCUGCAUUGACAGAUGGCUCGCUUGGUGACAUGCUUUACUUCCAUUCCUAUAAGAACCCUGGUCUUAUUCUGGAUAUUGUGGAAGAUAUACGCAGGUUAAACAGCCAGGCGGUACAUGCCAAAAAAACAGGAAUGAUCAUCCUUGGAGGCGGUCUUGUAAAACAUCACAUUGCCAAUGCCAAUCUCAUGAGAAAUGGUGCAGAUUACUGUGUGUAUGUGAACACGGGCCAGGAGUUUGACGGUUCGGAUUCUGGUGCCAGACCUGACGAGGCUGUGUCUUGGGGCAAGAUCAGAACUGAUGCCAAACCUGUCAAGGUAUAUGCCGAUGCGUCUUUAGUAUUUCCUCUUAUUGUGGCUGAGACCUUUGCUCGCCAUGCCGACAAACUGACUGCUGGCAAGAAAACCGAAUGAAUGCUGUGAAGGGCUUUGUCUCAUUAAAGUAAGACACUUUUUUUUCGGGGUAAAAGAAGCCCUUCAGACCGGUUAACUUUUUAAAAUACCGCAGCAUUUCUGUCCAAUCAGUGCUGCCGUGGUAAAAUGAGACCGCUCGGUCUCUCUUAGCUUUCACUUCCAAUAUUGACUUGUUAAGACAAGUUGUAUUAUUCUUAUUUGGAUGGCUGAAAUAACACAGUUGCGUGCCACAACAUGCACCAAAGAAACCGUCAGUUGUCCGUUAACAGGCGCCAGUGACUGAGUCAGUGAAUAUGCGGCCAUGAAGCCAAAACUGCAUUUAUUUCGCUUUUGAAUUUUAUUUGAUUUAACAAUGAACUGCGCGGAUGAUUGUCCACAUUAUGUAAAGCAUCAUAUCACGGUGCAAGAUUGUUAAAGUACACAAACAAUUAAGGGUCUGUUUUCAUUUAUGAAUGAAAGAAGAGUGCUUGUAAUGCUUUGUCAUGUUAAAAUCUUUGUCUGAAACUCUUUGAAUAGCAGUUCACCUGUCUUAUUUCCACUAUGUAAAUAUUUAUCUCCGAGCAUGUUAAGUUUUGCUCAGCCUUGUUGGAAUUCUUUGCUAUUCAGAGUUUCCUUGGCUGGAUUUACACAGCAUGGUUCAAGUCACAAUUCAGAUUUUUUUGUUCUUAAGCGACUUAGUUCACGUUUGUGUCGCCGCAGCAUGAAUACAAAAAACCUGGCAUGAAAUUGGAUAUCUUCAAGCCUCUUUUAAUUGUAGUUAAAAAAAUGAUAUGUGUGAAUAUCUGCCAGUUUGAGUGCGAUGUAAACAAUCCUUCAAUGCUAGCUACUCGUCAUUGGAAUACACUCAGUGGUGAUGCUGUUAAUCACAACCACAAAAAAUGCAUAUAGGCCGAUAAUUAGGAUGUAAAUAUGGUAUAUAAGAGGCACUUUGUUAUUAAAUAAGCCUAAGAAUUGACUAUUGAGUAAGAACACAACCAUGUUAAAUGUGCAUAUACUAGAUUCAUAUAGACAUUUAAUCUUAAUAAAGAUCCUGCACAUGUGAUGUAAAUCCAGGCAAAGAGAAUUGGAUUAAAUGUGAUCGCCCGAUCUCUUAAAAUACAGUACCUCAUAGAAAUUUGAAAUCUCCCUAAACUUUAGACUUGUAUUUAUUUGUUUUAUUUUUUUAGUAUUUGAGUGCAUUUUACAUUUUUGAGAAAUUCACUUAUGAAUAAACAAAAUGAAGUAAACAUGGUCUUUUAGAUUGUCUGGCGAGAAUCAACAACUGUUAGAAAUGGCACACUGUUACCUCCGUUCACUUGAAGUUACAAUUUAUACUUGCCCAGACACAAUACAUCCUCGUAAAGUCCUUUUCCUCUCUGCUCUCAGCUGAAAAAAACACAUAAUCAAGUCAAGUCAUUUCCCAAUGUGAUAAAUCAGUCUGAUGUGGCAAUAAUAUUUCCUGUGCCAAUCAUGCUUCCUAUAUCCUCAAGUUGUUUUUUUAACCCACUUACUCACUAUAUGUUGUACUUAAAAAAAAAAAAAAAGGGGGGGGGGGUUGAGGGGGGCUUGUGCAUUCCUUCUUUAAAAUUUUUAAUAAAAACUAUACACACAGCGGUUCAAAGUGUCUGUACUCUGGAAUAUAUUGGCCUUCUUUUGCUUUUCAAAAUGAAAAAUGAUAUUGGAACUUUCCUAAAAACCUGAGCCCAAAGUGUGAUACAUGCACAAUAAAUUCGGUGUUCUCUUUCUCAAUACAAUAUUUUUUCCGUUCAAGUCAUUUGUAGAUCAAGUGAUCUUCUUUCCAAUGCAGCAGUGCGGUAUUGUAUUAUGUAAUAAUUAAAGCCUCAGAAGUCAGACAAAACUUCAAUUCAUUUCAGUUUUUUUGCAAUGCCUUAAUAUGAAAAGUAUGGAAAAGAAAAAAAGUGGGCAAGAUUAAUUCCCACCUUUGUUUUUCUUCCUAAAUGGCCCUAAUCCUCUUCUGUAAAAAAGUGCUGCUAACUGGGAAUGGGAGAAGCUACUAGUCUGUAGGAAAAUAUGUGGCUUUGAAGUAGAAUUUCACCAACACACCAAACCCAUGGCUAUUUGUAGUUCACCAUUAACGUAUUGACCAGUUCAUGUUUUUCCUGUGUGACACAUGGUCAAUUUUAUUUGCUGAAAACUCACUAAUUAAGUGCGAGUAUAUUUUUAGUGUUCUUCUGUAACACCCAAGAUUCCAUAAAAUACCAUCAAAACGUCGGAUAAUUUAAAUAUGCCAACCUCAGUUUACACUGCGUGUUGAGUAACUCGACAUAAAGUUGUGACCACUGGCAACUCGUGAAUGACUGACCUUAUUACGUGUUUAUAUUUGUACUCUUACAAUUUACAAUAAAAUGAAAGUGCACCGGUGGCUGUGUCAGUCCUUGGAUACCUGGGAAGUGAUUAAAAUUAGUGCUGCAACGAUCAAUCGAUUAACCCGAGUAUUCGAUUAGAAAAAAAGAUGUAAAUUACAUUUUUUUGCUUUGAGUAUUCGUUUAAUUAAAGUGGCGUUGUAAUGGUUUGUUUUGAAAGUGUUUGCAUUUAGUUUUCUUAAUUCGGGUGGAUAAACGGCCCUCUAUUGUACCUCAUUUCACAUGGCUGAAUCCAUCUGCUCCCUGUUAAGACCAACAUAAACUAGGUUUUUGUUUGAGCUAAUGUUUUUUUUGUUGCAUUCGUAAUUUAGUUUAUAGGUAUAUUUAGCCAUUUUUUGUGGGAAUAUGUGUCUGAACCAUUUGCUAAGAGCAUUGUAAAAAACAUUGGCAUUUCAUAGCAUUUAAGCUAGCGGAUUUUGCUAUGUAAGUGAGCCUUUUGAGGCUCAGCUCAGGUAUUUUAAUUUUUUAUGUUCUUUAUCCGAUUACUCGAUUAUUUGAACUAAAUGGUUCAUUGAUUAAUCGACUGCUAAAAUAAUCGAUAGCUGCAGCCCUAAUUAAAAUUAAUUCCAAUUGGCAGUUGCAGGUUCAGUUAUGUUAAAUUAGUUUAUGGUGUUUAUUGCAAUGAAUCAAAUGUAACUGUAAAUGGAUUAUUUAGAACAUGGGUGCUUAUUACGUCAAUCACGAUCUACCAGUCGAUAGCAAUGCUAGUGUGGGUAGAUAGCGGUAUUAAAAAAAAAAAAA